AUGGUGGGUAGCGCACGAUGUUUAUACGGACGUAUAUGGGGACAUGUUUUGUUGCGAUUCGGAAAUUGUUUAACUGAUACCAAUCCUACAAGAUUAGGACUUCGAGAUACUGAUGUAGUAUUUUGUGUCAACAAUUUCAGUCCUAUCGUAUGUGAGCCAUCCUGGUUUAAUUUAUUGGAUGGAGCUACCACGGCCAGCAUUAUUUCAUUAUUAAAGAAAAAUAUGAGGCCACAAUUGCGAGACCAGUAG